AUGAAAGCUCCGGCAGUGAACGCUGAAGGCAGUGAAAAUGCGAAGAUCACCUCCUCUGUUGUUGUAGUAAUUCCAGGCCUAAGCUCUUGCCAGGCCGCAUUUUCCUGCGAUAGCAUGCUCGAAACACAACUUGGCAGCAAGUUCUCCGUACCCAUAAUGAUCUUCGGAACGUCCGUCACUUUCUUUUCUCUGGCCCUCGCCGUCGCUGCAACGCGGAUCCACAAUGGCGCUCCAGACUGUGAUAUAUUUUGUUUCCAACUGGCUCAUUCAAGACUGAUCUGUGCCCCGACUCUAGUUGAAGGCCACGGAUGCCUCGCGGUAAGGGAAAACCGCGACGGUGCAAUGGUCACCAUCGAGGAUUGCAGACUUGGCGACAUCAAAGAUAAACCGGACACAGUUCACUUCGACUGGGAGGUCGCGUUUUCCAAGAACGAGCUGUCCUCUAGCAAACAGCAAAUCAGGGUCUAUGGCGACAAGUGUCUUGAGUUCAUCACGGACACAGCGCAGAUUGGUACCUGCGACGAGAGCAACACUAAUACCAGACAACAGUGGAUUGCGCGGCCCGACUUCAGCCUUGAAUGGGCAGGCGCGGCCUCUGGUCAGUGUCUCGACCUCCGAGAUCACGAAGCCAGCUUUGGAACGCCUGCGGUGGUUUCGCUCUGCUCUGCCCACACAACUCAGGACUGGGCUGCCGCCCCCAUGACCAAGCCUGGUAUCUGGCUCACAAGCUUCGACAGUAACGAGAAGGGCACGCCGUACUGCAUGGCGGCCUCAUCCCAGGAUGACCAAGCGCCUGUCGCCCUCGUCAGAUGCACUGCCCUGCGGGAGCUCUACCCCACCGGAAGCGUCACGUGGACCGUCCCCGCCAUCCCCUUCAGCGGCUACAUCCGCACGCCCAACGACAAGUGUCUCACCGCGCGCUUCCGAACUGAGGGCGGCAGACUCACCGUCGAGGCCUGUCCCGCGCGAACGGGCGUCAACUCCAACCAGCGCUUCGUCCCGCUUCACGACGGGCGCUUCCAGCUGGAGGGCACCAACUUCUGUGUCGAUUUGACUGAUGGCCAGCCUCUUGUAGGAAACCCGCUCCAAAUCUCCGGGUGCGACGGCACACCAAACCAGAUAUGGACUCGUGUUGAGCGAAUUCGUCGGUUGCCAUCUUAUUAG